CUGUCUGUCUGUCUUUUUCUCUCUGUCUCUUUCUCUGUCUGUCUGUCUGUCUCUCUCUGUCUGUCUCUCUGUUGUCUCUCUGUCUGUCUCUGUAUCAGUGAGUGUCCCUGCCUGUAUGACAUGCCAGUGCAGCAGUCUGUAUCAGUGAGGGGAGCCUGGCGCUUGGGUACCACUCAGCAUCAUCUCCUCCAGCCCAGCGACCCCCCAGUGCUCCUCCUUCCCUCUCCCUGACCCCGUUCCUGUCUCUUCCCAGUCCCCUCUUUGUCUCUGGGACUGUCUCCCCAUUCUCCUGCAUCCCUGUGUGUCUCUCCCCAGUAUUUGCCUCACCUCCCCCUGUCUCCUCCUCCCACAGCUCUAUCUCUCUCCAUCUCACUCUCCACCUCCUCUCCCCCCCCCCAGCCCUCUCUCUCUCUCUCUCUCUCUCUCUCUCUCUCUCUCUCUCUCUCUCUGCCUCAUCCCUCCUUUCUCUCUGCCGCAAUGGUACAUGUUUUGGUGGCUGGGAGUCUCUUCUUCCCCGGACUCUUUCUCCUUUCCAAGGCUGGACUGCGGCGACUGCGAAUCUUCCGUGGGGACGAAUCCAACACCAUCAUAGUGUCAGCAAGACUGGUCUCCUCCAUACAAGCCGUAUUGGCCUCUACAGCUGGCUACAUAGUCGCCUCCUCCUGCAAGGAUGUCAUCCAUGACCAGCACUGGCUGGCCGCCACCUACACCCGCUUUGCGGUGCCCUAUUUCAUCUAUGAUAUCUACGCAAUGUAUCUGUGCUACAGGCACAAGCACAAGCUGAAGGGCCACAGUGGUGGCUGGAGCCUCACCAGGACCUACCUCUACAAAGAGUUCCUCAUGAUCCUGCACCACGUCUUCAUGGUGGCUGUUUGUUUUCCCGUGUCUGUGCUCUGGAGAGAUGGCAAAGGUGACUUCUUUUUGGGGUGCAUGCUGAUGGCCGAGGUCAGCACUCCUUUUGUAUGCUUCGGCAAGAUCCUCAUUCAGUACAAGAAGCAGCACACCCUCCUGCACCGCGUCAACGGGGUCCUAAUGCUGACGACGUUCUUCUGCUGCCGCCUCCUGCUCUUCCCCUACAUGUACUGGGUGUAUGGGCAGCGCGUGGGGCUCCCCCUGUACAGAGUUCCCUUCAACCUCUCCCCGGAGUACAACCUCGGAGCCGCAAUCCUCAUGGCCCCCCAGGUCUACUGGUUUUACCUGAUCUGCCGAAGAGCUUACACUCUAUUCCGCCAAUCUGUGCUGAGCCAGCGGCCCAAGAAUGGACACCCAGCCCCCGUCAGCACUUCAGCCAAAGAACAGGACUGCUCCCAGUGACUCGGCCCCUCUCUGCCCUCAAACUGCUGGAUCUAGUCGCCCCCUUCCCCCCAAACAAGGCCAGGCUGAAGCAGCUUUACAAGACUGUGCCUUUAACUGGAGGCAAUAAGGGACUUUAUGGGGUUCUGCUCGGAGGCAGAGCCGUGUGUCUCCAGGAGGGGAGGAGUUUGUUAUGUGUGUCUCAUCCACCAGGUGGCAGUAUUAUACACAGGGGAAUAUAGACCUGUGCUACUUGCAAUACACUUAGUGACCACUAGGGGCAGUUCUUGCCCUAAUCUGAGUGUGUGUGCAAGGCAAUGGCAUUAACCAGUCGUUUAUUGUGCUACUCAGUGCCUAAUGAAUGGCACCUACACUACCCACACUCACCACCGGGUGUCCCCCCAUUCAUUAAAGGGACCUUACCCUAUUCAUAAUGAACGUGGGGUAAAGUAUUUGCCCUCCUCCCCUCCUCCUCCCCUCCAGCGGGUGCCCCUUUGCUUUUUCUCCUUUUAGAUUUGGGGGCAGCAGCAUGUUAGGGGUAAGUAUUACUGCUGUAACUUUAAGAGAAUGGCUGAAAUCUAUGGCGCUCGUAGCUGCACACUAAAGGGUUAAGCAUGGCCAGAUCCUAGCCAAUCAGCAGGCUGCAUUGUUCCACUGACUCAGCAGAGCUCUUUGCUUCUCAAUCCCUCGUAAAUCUCAUAAUCUCAUUGGGUGACACAUCCAGGGGUGGCUGAUGGGAAAUCCUGGCUUAAAGGAUCUUGGGGGAAGUGCAAGGAUGGUCACACCUGCCGUCGCUUUAAGAGGCGACCAUAAUGAAUCCUCGUUAGUUUAAUCAGCAUGAAAUUACAUUUGGAAUGAACUGUUCCAGGGUUUGCGAAAUGUUCCAAAAUAUUUAUUUUUCACCACCCCCUCUAACCCCACCCCCAUAUCCCCCCAACCCUCCCUGAUACUCCUCAUUCCCUUCCCCCAUCCCUUUAUUUAUUUAUUUAUUUAUUGAUUUAUUUUUGACCUUUUUUUUAAGGAAUGUAAAUAGGUUUUUGCAGAACGAAGUCAGAACCGACCUGCGAUUUCUAUAACUGUACAGAGUAUUAAACUCAUUCAACUGGAACCAAA